GUAUUUUACAUCUAUUGGGCUCCCUGUGGCUUAUUUGGCCAGCGGUGACCUGUUAAAUUUCAAGAUGGCGGACGAAGAGCUGAUUGCGAAGGAUUUGCCCGAGUACAUCGCGACUCUCAAAGAGAUAGACGAACAGGUUUCUGAGAUCUCUCAGCGAGUCGGUGGUCUAAUAGCAAAGAUAGAUGAUGAAGACAUCUCAACAGCGAAGGGCAUUAGCUUUUUGGAAGUAAAGACACAAUUGCUUUUAAGUUAUUUAAUCAAUAUUGUAUACUACAUGCUGCUCAAGUCGGAUGGAGAGAAAAUUGAAGGAGACUCCGCCAUUGACAGAUUGGUUGAGAUUCGCACUGUGUUGGAGAAACUACGCCCCAUAGAUCAAAAAAUGAAAUACCAGAUUGACAAAUUAAUCAAGAUGAUUACGACAGGGAUGACAGCUGGCGACAGCGAUCCCCUGAGAUUCAAACCAAACCCAGAGAACAUGGCUGCCAAGUUAGGUGAGGCUGAUGAGGAUGAAAGUGAUGAGAGUGCYGAUGAAACACAUAUACCUUCUAAAUCAGGAGUUUAUGUUCCUCCUAAAGUGACGGCAGUUCCUUAUGAUGAUGGACGCAGCUCAAAAAAAGACAAGAAAACAGAGAAUGCCAAGAAAAGAGCCCUAGGAAGCUCAAUCAUACAAGAACUUAGAGAUGAGUACAGUGAAACUCCUAUGGAAAUAAGAGAGGAGGUUAUAAAUGAUUGGAGAAGUUCAAAGAAACAAGAAGACGAGGCUCACCAACAGAACUAUGAAGAAGACAACUUUUUAAGACUGCCAACCAAAAAACAAAAGAAAGGGAAUCCUAGAGCCUCAAGCACAUUGGAUGAGCUUACUUCAUUUACCAGCCUUUCUGUCUUGAGUGGUGAUCAAACAGAGGAAGGGGGAGACUCCUCAUAUCGUCGGUCUUCUGGUAAAAAGAAAAAGCCUAAGUGGAAACGAAAGUCAAGUGCAAAGAAAAGAAGAAUACGACAUUAAUAAGCCAUCCUGUAUUCUACUGUAACUGAUAUCAGAAUUAAUAAAGUUUUUGCUGCAAAUCUCAGUCAUGAGGGUAUUUUUGUACCAAGUCUCCUUCAAUGAAUCUGACAAUGUUAUUUAAAUAAAUCUCAAAAUAAAACGAA